UCCCCUGGCUCAGGGCUUCCUCCGUCCACCACUGGCAGUCUCCAGCGACAAUCCACCCCAAAGCCGGGCCAACCUCUACGGCUUCUCUCAUUAACUCCCUCUGCCCAUCUCACCACCUCCACAACCACCAUCACCACCACCACCGCCUCCACCCACCCCCUGCCUUUAGCUCUGCUUUCGCUUUUGUACAAUAGCCUACUAUCCUCCACACUUUUCAUCGUCAUCGACUACUCUCAACCACACACCAUUCUUCCAUCUCUCAACCAUCAACCUUAUCCCGAGUUGCUCAUCGUCUCUCGUUAUCACUAUCGACAACAGCUUCCGUGACGUUCGUUCGUAUUGAGGACCAUCUACUCAAGCACGAUACCAUUGCUUUGGCGAGUCUAGUCGACCGCACCCUCGCUCUCUCAAACGGUAGCCGGCCUUCUCAACGCCGUUCAAGCACAGUUUCGUCAUCAUGGCUACCUUGGCGGAACACCCGGCCGUUGCGCCUUCGACUUACGAACAAGACAUUGAAUCCUUUCUGGAUCUCGACCAACUCGCAUACACCACGGCGGAAACUGCUCGCUCAAAGACCGCAUUGAUCACUCAACCCACUCUCCCCAGCACCGAAUUUAACACAGGCGAUGUACGAAGCGCUGGUUUCGCUUCGACAAACCCCACGCCAGUCGCAUUCCAAGCUCCGAGUCACCAAUAUGAUGAACACAAGCAGCAAACCGGUCUGCCACCAGGCGCCUUGGCUCAUGCCAUGACUUUCAAUCAUAUGAAUGGGAUCGGAUUCGGCGGUGCAAGCCCCAGCUACCCGAUGAAUGGCGACAUGUUUGCGGGCAGUCAGCUCAAGCGGGAGGAUGCUCCGAUGGAUUUCAACAGCCCUCCGACCCGGAACCCUUCGGAAAUGGACCUGGAGUCCGACAACAUGGGAGCCGCCUCAGCCUACUUCCUUUCGCCAAAUCCCAGCACCCGGAGCCAAUUCGUGGAUCCGAACGCCUUGAGUGGCCAUGAAGUCGGUCCCGCUGGUCCUUCAACUCAGGUCGGUCGCAUGUAUCCGGGUAUGCACCAGCAACAAGCAGCCAUGGCCAAGGCGGCACAGCAGCAAAGGCAUCAUGAACUGCUCCGUCAGCAACAAUUUCAGCAGCAGCAGCGUCGUGUGGAGGAACAUAUGCAUCAGCACGGGGCUCCCCAUAGCCAGACUCCUCGCCCGCCGAACCCACUUGUUGAAGAACGUAUCUCGCGGCUCCUGCAGCAAAUGCGCCAGAACGCCAUGGGUUCGCCCGACGACUCGCCCUCCCCUUCUUCGUCUUUGCCUCAAAUGGCCAAGUCCAAGAAGGACGAGCAAGAUAUGGACGAGGACGAGCGCCUUCUGGCCAGUGAAGAGGGCAAGAAGCUCAGCAGCAAGGAGCGUCGUCAGCUCCGUAAUAAGGUCUCCGCCCGUGCGUUCCGUUCUCGCAGAAAGGAAUACAUUGGUCAACUUGAGAGUGAAGUUGCCGCCAAAACCAACGAAGCUCACGAGCUUCGUCUGCAGAACCGCGCCCUGUUUGAGGAGAACGGCCGCCUGACAGAUCUCGUUCGCACGCUUCUGUCUUCCCCUCAUUUCGGCCAAGUUCUGGAUGAUCUCAGCGUCGGUGGUGUUCAGAUUCCCAGCCAAGCGCAACAACAGCAACAACUUCAACAGCAACUCCAGCCCCAGCCACCACAACAACCUGCACACCCUCAACCCCAACCCCAGCAACAGCAACCAACCAUGUCCCAGCCGCCCAUGCAACAGCCUCAGGCUGGCAUGGUCAUGGUCCCAAAUCAGGGACUUGAUGUUUCUGCCAUGGGCUUGAAUAAUGGCGGUUGGAACUCGGGCAUCGAUAUGAACUUUGGAAACGCCCCAGUCUUCGCCGUUUUGGAUGUCCCUGAGCCGACGAUCGAUACCGAGGUUCUAUCUGGCAAGGCUUCCACCAUGGUGGAAUCCUACCUUCCCAACAUCUCCGGUACGAAGAGUGACGCUCCUGUUCUCGAGUCUCUCCCCUCGAUGGCUAAGGAGCCUACCAUUGUCGGCAUGGAGAACCCCGAUGUUGAGAUUGACGAGUCUGACCCUGCUUUCGCUCUCUUCGUUGACGCGCCCCGUGCUACUACCUCCUCGGAGUCCUCUGAGCCCUCCUUCGAAGGUGUCUUCGACAAGUCGACGGCCACCUUCGAGCUGGUGGUGGAGAACCAACCUCGGGAACAUCAAACUCGAUUUGCUCAACUUUGCCACAGCAUGGAGGCAGCCUUCCAACGUGUUUCCAUGAUGACUUCUCACCUCUCAUGAUUCCCCCUUUUGCGACCUGAGGUUCUCGAUUCUGUACACUUCCUAGGGUGUUGGUUCAACUGAACGCUUGGGUGUAGACACCGAUGUCUCUCUUUCAUCCUAUGAACUUUCUGCUAUAUAUCUUCUGCUUUGAACGCAGCCUUUGCACUUGACCUGGCUUUCCUUUCAUCUUUCCUAUUUCUUUCUCUUUCCUUACUCUUUUUCUUUGGUUACCUUGGACUCCUGCCUCUAGAUGAUGGUGGGGUUUGGAUGCGCUUAUGGGGUUAUACGGACUGUUAUUUGGAAGUGAUAUCUUCAAGGGAUGGAUGGAUUUACAGGACGGAAGGUACUGGAUACUGGCGGAUAGGAAACAAGACCACAAACCAAUAUAGGAGCAUAUCCAAAAGUCAUGAAAUAUAUAUAUAUAGAAAUCAGAU